AUGGCGCGCGAUCCGCGCGGGUUAGAUCUGUUACUGCGCGCCGCGCGCACGGCGACGGAGGCGCGAGCGAGGGAUAGGGAUGAGACGGUGAAGAAGAGCACGACGGUUCGAUUUCAAACCGCCGACGCGACGGGACGAGUCGAGGCGAAGACGAGACGACAGGGCAAAGCGCGAGCCGAUGGGGCGAUGCGGGACAGGACGAACGAUUUUGAACGAGGCGGGACGGCGGGUAAAGGGAAGAGAGGACGCGGGCGAGCGACGAUGACGAUGAAGGCGAAGGCGAACGCGCCGCCGCCAGACGUCGACGACUCGGCCGAGGCGACGACGGUGCGCGAGGAAACGUUAGCGAUCGGGGCGGAGACGUUGGCGAGGGAACACGCCGAUGUGGUGAUUGAACGUGUGCGGCAGUGGUUAGAUGUGAUGAUGAGCGAUGCGCGCGGGCGGUUAACGGCGCUCGAACGGAGCCAAACGAGGACGCAUCGCGCGCUGGAAAAAUACGACUCAGAGGAAGCACAGGACGACGUCGGGAUCGAGAUGCUGGUCGAGUUCGAUAAGACAUUGGAAAUCGAGCGCAGCAUCCUGGAGGAGACGAUGAAGAAUUUGGAGGCGAUGCGCACGAAGGUUGAGUUUGAGAGCGCGAAUUUGGCACUUCGGUGGUUACGCCGCUCAAAUUGUGGAGGCGAUGACGACGGCCAGGCGAGCGAGGAAGAUCAAGCGACGGAUGGACGCAAGUAUUUUUAUUCCUCGAGUGCGUACGCAUUUCUUCAAACCGCCAUCGGUGCGUUCAUGAACGACACCACGCCCGCAAAGUCGGCAAAGAGCGCCGAUGCGCACUCGCCGAGCGGCGUUCUAGACGCCGCGCGACUCUUUACGUGA